AUGACUCUUAAGACGUUUCACUUUGCCGGCGUAUCAUCAAUGAACAUCACGCAAGGCAUACCACGUCUUAAAGAAAUAAUCAACGCUGUCCAAACCGUUUCGACACCAUUAAUAACUGCAAGGUUGACCAGCGCAAAAGACGAGAAUUUUGCGCGGCAGGUUAAGGCUCGAAUAGAAGUAACCACACUGGGAGAGAUUUGUGACUACAUAGAAGAGAUAAUUUUGCCCAACAGUUCUUUUAUCCUGCUAAAGCUAAGCCUAAAAAGAAUCAAACUUCUUAAGUUGGAGGUGACCAUGUCGAGUCUGGUUCAAAUUUACAAAGGUGCUAAUCUAUAUUUCAAUCUAUGCACAAGUAAAACAGUAAAACAAAUUCUUCAGAUUACUACUUUGGGCAAAUCUAUGAUGGUGAUCCAUCCAACAAACCCCUCUAACGGCAAUACUUGCAUCACUCUUCAACUAAUAAAACAGGCUCUGCAGAAAGUCAUAAUAAAAGGUCUGAUUAUAGGUCUUCCGGAUGUUAAACGAUGUGUUAUCCAAACAGAUGAGAAACACAGCAACGAGUUCAGUAUUGUUGUUGAAGGAAGCAAUUUCCUUGGAGUUUUAUCUCAAAUUGGUAUUGACGGUCGUUACACAAAAUUCAACAAUGCGGUCGUUGUAGCUCAGGUUCUGGGGAUUGAAGCCGCUCGCUCUUGUAUAAUCAGUGAAAUCAUGGCAACUAUGGAAGCCCAUGGUAUAAUUCUGGAUAGGAGACAUGUUCUGGGGAUUGAAGCCGCUCGCUCUUGUAUAAUUAGUGAAAUCAUGGCAACUAUGGAAGCUCACGGCAUAGUUCUGGAUAGGAGACAUGUUAUGCUAUUGGCUGAUUAUAUGACAUUUCGGUACAGUCUAACGAAGUGCCGUUAUUUGGCUAAUCUUCAAAUUUUCUGCAGUGGUGAAGUACUUGGAAUCACACGUAAUGGAUUGGUAAAAAUGAAGCAGUCGGUUCUUCUCUUGGCAUCUUUUGAAAAGACCAUGGAUCAUCUUUAUGAAGCAGCUUUCUAUACACAGAAAAAUCAAAUCCAUGGCGUGUCGGAAUGCAUUAUCCUCGGGACACCAAUUGCGCUUGGAACGGGAAUGUUCAGAUUAUACCAGGCAUUUUCUAGUCCAAAUUACGCUAGUCCAGGAGACCCGAUUUUUAUGAAACCACAUCUGGGAAUAAAGAUAUGA